UCAUCCUCUCUCUUCGAUCCUUUAUCUCACCAACUCUCUCUCAAUCCUUCGAUUCCGAUGGCCCCCAAAGCCGAGAAGAAGCCCGCUGAGAAGAAGCCGGCCGCCGAGAAGCCGGCGGAGGAGAAGGAGAAGAAGUCCGUCGCCGAGAAAGCUCCUGCUGAGAAGAAGCCCAAGGCCGGGAAGCGUCUCCCAUCCAAGGAUGCCGCUACUGGAGAGAAGAAGAAGAAGAAGAUGAAGAAGGGGAGCGAGACCUACAAGAUCUACAUCUUCAAGGUUCUCAAGCAGGUCCACCCUGAUAUCGGGAUCUCCAGCAAGGCUAUGGGUAUCAUGAACUCCUUCAUCAAUGAUAUCUUCGAGAAGCUCGCUCAGGAGGCAUCUCGCUUGGCUCGCUACAACAAGAAGCCGACCAUCACGUCCCGGGAGAUCCAGACCUCUGUUCGUCUUGUUCUUCCUGGAGAGCUCGCCAAGCAUGCCGUGUCGGAGGGUACCAAGGCUGUCACCAAGUUCACCAGUUCUUAGAUCUAGGGUUUCUUUCUUGAUUUCGUGUUCUCGAUUCUCUAAUAUGUAAUUUCCAGGAUUUGCUAGGUUUUCUUCGAUAGUUUGUAGUGAUGGAUCGUUGAAUGAAUGAAUUAAAAGUUGAAAUUUUAAACCUA